ACGCCCCACCUGGCGUUCAAACUAAACAAUGCACUCCUUACACACUGGACAGGGACAGCCAAUGAAAAGCUCGGAUGUUAGCACGUGCAGCGGCUUCCCAGACAAGCCAGUUGCCAGUGGCAGCAGCAGACAAGAAAUAUAAUGGAUGAAUAUGAAGACGAAGAUGCCCCUCGGGCCGAGGAACUGAUUCCGUGUAAAAUCUGCGCUCGAAGCUUCUUUCCUAAAGUCCUGAAAAAGCAUACGCCCAUCUGCCAGAAAGCGGCAGCCAAGCGGAGGAAGGUGUUUGACUCCAGCAGACAGAGAGCCGAGGGCACCGACAUCUCCACGCUUAAACCCAUCAAAUCAAAGUCACAAAGUUCCUCAACUGCUAGGGCUGAUAAAGCCGAUCCUCCCAAGAAGCCGUCCAACUGGCGCAGGAAGCACGAGGACUUCAUCGCCACCAUCCGAGCCGCCAAGGGCCUCACCCAGGUGCUGAAGGAGGGCGGGCCCCUGCCCCCGCCCCCGCCCCCCUCCUACGACCCAGAUUAUAUCCAGUGCCCGCACUGUGGCAGAAGGUUCAGUGAGAACGCAGCAGACAGACACAUCAAGUUCUGCAAGGAGCAAGCUGCCCGCAUCGCCACCAAGAGCAAGUCAGCCGGGGAGCCCAAGAAACCAGCCACACGCACGCAGUACAAGCCUCCUGCUGCGAAGAAGGUCACCUCUCCUGCUGUGUCUGUGUCUGCAGUCUCCAACUCUCCCUCCUCUUCAUCGCGCCUACCUCAGAGGUCUGCCUCUGGUCUGCCUUCUGGGAUUCCAUCCAGUAAGGUCCCCUCUGCUGUAUUAGGGAGGAGUAUCUCCUCAGGAUACACCACCCCUCCCUCGGGCCUGACCAGUCCUCCAUCAGGGGCUGGAGGCAAGGCCCGGCCUGUAGGCUCCUACGGCCCAGGGAGGAACGCCCAGUCUGGAGCAGGGCUCAACAAGAGGAAAGUCUACAACGCUGACCACUACAACUCCAGGAACGAGGCGGACAACGGCGGAACGCAGACCAAGUUCUGUCACGAGUGUGGAACCAAGUACCCCGUGGAGCUCGCCAAGUUCUGCUGCGAGUGCGGAGUCAGGAGGAUGUGCAUCUGACGGGUGCGAAAGGAGACGGGAGGAGAGAAGGUCAAGAAGGAACAAGGGA